UAGCAACUACGACGUCUUCUCACCGACUCUCCCCCUCCGGGUGGAAUAGAACUCACAACAACUUUACGGAACAUCCUAAGCAGCAAAAGACCUUACCGGACAGGUGGGAGAUGAAACGCGCCUUUGCUCCAAGAUGGCAGAGCCAGAGCCAGAGCCAGAGCCGCAGCCAGAGCCGGUGCCGGUGCCGGGGUCGGGGUCGGUGGAAAAACAGGAACAGCCUGAAAAAGUUCUGAUUACUGAAGUGCAAAAAGAACCUACAUUAACAGUGCCUAUAACUGAAACAUCUAGGACUAGUAGCCAACUACUUGAAGUAGUGUUAUCUAUAGAUCAAGUACCAGAAGCUUCUGAGCCAACUCCAAAAGCUUCAGCGCCACAAAUUGAGACUCAGUCUCCCUCUUCAUCUUUCCAAACUCUUCAACCUUUGCCGUCUCAGAAAAAAAUUGAUUUUCCAAGGGCUUUGAUCAGAUCAGUGGAAAGCAUUGUGCGGGCUCAAGAAUCAGCACCUCAAGAAGUGGUACAACAGACUGCUCCACCAGCUCAAGUUCCUGAGGAACCUGUUGAGAAUGAGCCAAUGCCAACAGUUUAUCUAGAUCCUUUUGAGAUUUCUCUUGAAUACGUAGAGAGGCAUAACAUCCUACAGAUAUUUCAGGAGAUCACGGAAAACUUGGUAUAUGAGAAACCUGAGAAUCCAUUAGAGUUUAUAUUAAAGCAGGUCCAGACAAUGAUAACUCACAGGAAUCAACCAAAUGUGGAAGAUGAAAAACAAGAAUAAAUAUAGACAACUGAAAAUUUAAGGAUAUACCUUUGGACACUCUAAAGAGGGCAACAUGCUUCCAUGCUACCCAGUUUUAUCCUGUCUGCAUGCAUAUCUUAUAGAUCUAAACAAUAUCUGUGGUAACUGAAUAUGUACUUCCCAUGCAGAUGCUAGAAUAUCUAGAAUAACAACAACCACAAAACCGUAGUUGCUGUAGCACAGAUAGCAGAGAAUUUAGGAAAUGCAUAUUUGCAUAGGCUUUGUACUUCUCAUUAGUACUGUUGCACUAAUCUUCUUCAUAGUCUGAAAGAUUGUAUGAUCUUAUGAAAAUAGUAGAGCUGCAGAAUGGGUAAUAUAAAUAAUCUCUCCCUGCCUUCUGUGAGUGGGAAUGUAAAAACAAACUCAUAAUUAAAAAAAACAUUCUAGGAUUUCAGAGGCUAGCCUCACCUUUUGGUGUAAGUUUGACACGUGUAAGGAUAGUACCUUUUUCUUAUAUAAAAAAGUAUGAAGAUGUGAAGUACCAUUUCCAGAGUAAAGUAGAGCUCGUCUGGUUUAUAAAUAUCAUUUAUUUUAAUAUCUUUAAGAGAAUGGUUCCCAGACUAUUUAUCAAUAUGGAAAGGAUACGGUUUAGUACUGUUUAAAGAGCUAUAUCUUGGUUGCGAACCUACAUUAAAGUUAGGUGUCGUAUUAGUUUAAAUAGGAAUUCUUCACUUUAGCCUAAUUAUGAAUUGGCUGCGAUUAAUAGACAAUCCUACCAAGUGAACUCUUCAUAAUUUACAGUGUGAUUGAAAUUAAUAUCAUGUUAAACUUAAAAUCCAGGUGCCAGAAUUUAUCUUGCAUUAUAUUGUUUGGAAACAUUAAUUGCAAAUUCUGAUUGAACCUGUUUGGAAAUGGAGAUAACUGUAAUGAAAGUGAUUAAGAUUAUCAUAUGUAGACUGGAAACCAAUUGUUUCUUACCAUCUAAUGGCAAUUUGGAAUUUUCCAGCACAGACUUGGUAGUUCUGGUUUCAUGCUAGCAUCCAAACAAUAAACUCUACCUUGGAUUUGA